AUGGAAAUAAACAUAGACCCGUUGUAUCAGAUCCUGCGGGCCUACCAGCGAACCAACUCACAUAACCUACUGUUCCAUCUGCAAAAAAAAACCGCUAAUAAAAUUGGCACGUACAUAACAAACAGCAAAUCCGCAGCCUUUCUCUCCGUGUUCUACGACCAACAAAUCUCCAUGACUUCCAGCGUUCAGCACACGUUUAGAAUACCAAUUCGAUUGUUGAAGAAAGAUAGUGACGACAGAAUCCAGGAACCCAGGUCGGGUGACCCGGCCCUGUUACUGAGACUGAGCAAAAAUAUCACCUAUCUGUAUAAGAGGAUUGACCGGUAUAAGAAAGCAAAGCAUAUCACGCUCACAGUGACCAAGGGUGGUGAACUGAGCAUCAACAUCGAUCAUGAACUGCGAGACGUUUCUAUGGUAUGGAAGAAACCACUGCCCAUUCCUGCUCAUAGUUUUGAUGAUGUCUCAAGCGAUUCAAUCAGUUUGACUCUGAAGCUUCGAGAUUGGAAAAAAGGUGCAAAGAUCGCCGAGCUAAGCAAAACGCUAAUGAUGAUGUUUUUAGAGAACCAGGCUUUGGUUCUCCAUGCAUUCAUGGAUGACGAGAAGAAAAGCGAAGUGUUGUUCUACGCGGGGGCUUUUAACGCCUGA